CUCUCUUCAUGUAGAGCAUGGCUAUUCCUCACAUCAAUGCGCUAUAAAUUUGUGCGUCAGAGCUGUAUGGGCGGAUUUGUAAGCAUCUCAUGUCCCAAAUGCUUACCCAACUUUUUCUCGCCUCGAGGACUAUCAUUCAACCCCAUACAUACGGCGAGCGAGAUGAUGGGGAAAUCAUACAGACAGUACUCUCUUAAAAAGAAGACAUUUGGUAAACAACGUAUGCAGUCACGAAAAUAUCACUACGCACCCCUCGAUGGGAACCGGACAUCCAUACGACUCCUUCGUCUUCUGCCAACGGCGGAUGACUCUGAGCCUCUACGAUGCAGCCUUUUCCACACCACGCUCGAGACAGCGCCUCCAUACAUAGCUCUCUCUUAUGUUUGGGGAGAGAAGACCGGUUCUCAAUUUAUCUCCGUGGACUCGGAUCAUAUCCUCAUUACACCUAAUCUGAAACAUGCUCUUGAACGCCUGCGACCGGAGAAAGAGCUGAUACUCUGGAUUGACGCUAUAUGUAUCGAUCAAGAGAAUAUCCCAGAACGAAACUUCCAAACAGCUAAUAUGAGAGCUAUCUAUCAACAUGCCGCUGGUGUGGCUGUCUGGCUUGGCUUGGAGUAUAAAAACAGCAAAGGUGCGAUACAGCUUGCACGUGAUUUGAAUUCUUGCUCUUCAAGAGACCAGAUCGCGGCUAUCGUUUUAGACCCGGAAAGAGAACCAGACUUUGUAGCGUUAGUAACGCUAUUUAGAAGGUCAUAUUGGUGGCGAAUAUGGGUGAUCCAAGAAGUAAGCUCUGCAAGAACGACUACUGUCUAUUGCGGGGAUGAAGAAAUCCCAUGGCAGCAGUUUGAUAGAGUUUGCGACACACUUCAGGAAUCGGCGGAAGAACUAUCAUCUUUGUUUUAUAAACAUCCUUCAUGGGUGCGGUCUCUCACACACGGUGGCCCACGAGGAUUACAAUUAUCUCGAUUUUCACCCCACCUCGCAGAUCCGCCACUUUUCGAGCUCUUACUCUCUCAUAAAGGGAAGCUAGCCACGGAUCCGAAAGAUAAAGUCUACGCUUUGGUGGGAGUAUCAAGCUCUCGUAAUAACUUUGGAGAGAUUGAUUAUUCUCAAUCCGAACGAGACAUCUUCACGCAUACAGCUCGACACAUCAUCAGCAUGUCCCAGAAACUCGACGUAAUCGUUGUAAAGCAGCACGAUGAUAACCAAUAUGACCUUCCAUCAUGGGUACCGGACUGGACUCGUCCUCGGAAAAUGCAGGAGGCUGUUGGCAUUGGUCUUCAUCAUCACCAGCCAGAGUUCCAAGCAGCAGGAGAUACUGUAGCUGAUGUUCACUUCUCCUCAGAUGGUAAUGGACUGAGUACUACCGGCUUGAUACUCGACACUAUUAAGACAGUUGGGAUGCCGUAUCGAAAAAGUGGUUCACCAAGUGAUGUUGGACCUGCACUUGAAAUCUUCCACGACUGGUGGAACCUCUUCGUUGGUACCCACUCGAACUCUCUUACUUCACAAGCAGUCUUUGGACGUACGAUUUCUUGUGGUAAUUGGGACUUCGAAGAUGAAGAUAUGUAUGCUAGUAAAUUGGAAGCAAUCUUUACCCUGAGUGAUGAAGUGCUUAGUGGUUCAGAUAUGCUAAGACUUGAUCCUCCGAGUAGAAGUUCGACGAUGGUAAAUUCAGUUGGCUCGAUAGCUGAUGAUGACGAACAGCUCGAUGGAGAUGAUGAUGAAGAAAAGACGCAGCUUUCUACGAUGUUGAGUGCGGGCUUGAUGAUGAACCGAAGGAGGCUGCUGCUCUCAAUGGAAGGGCUAGUUGGACUUGCGCCUCUGAAUGCUAUGGAAGGAGAUAUAAUUUGUGUGUUAUUUGGGUGCAGAUUCCCGGUUGUUUUGAGACCAGUCAGUGGUCAUUAUGUGGUAAUUGGCGAGGCAUACGUGGAUGGAUUUAUGAAUGGAGAGGCUAUGGUUGGAUUGGAGGAGGAAAGAUAUGUUUUAGACACUUUCGAGAUUCGCUGACCUCAUGUUGAAACGACAAUUUUGAGUGUAAGAUAUAAGACGAAAGCAACAAGUUACUGCUGUCACUAGAACAUGUGGAGCGAUUGAGGGGCUGUUAAGAAGGCUAGUUGUUCGCCCAAAACAGGGCCAGGGAAAAGACUAGCUUGGGUCAAGUAUCGGCUUCGACCACAAGUACAACUCUCGACUCUAUUAUGAACUGUCCGUACAUAUGGCUUUUACAG